AACCGGCUGGGGAUGCUUCUGCUAUGACGUUUGAGUGGGCGAGACCUGACUUGAAUCCCAGAUUUGUCCAUGUGUGGCACGAACGUCAAGACCUUUACUUGAACCAGCAUCCGUCCUACAAAGGACGAACAUCGGUGUCCGUCAACCAACUGAAGCACGGAGACGUUUCGCUGACUCUCCACAAAGUAAAACUCUCUGAUGAGGGAACAUACAGAUGUUACUUUCCAGAUUCGGAUAAAGACUCGACUGUGCAGCUUGUUGUUGGGGUUUCUUCAUCGCCCUUCGUCAGUCUAUCAGGAAUCGACAGAUCCUCCAGUGGAGUGGUGUUAGACUGUGAGUCCAGAGGCUGGUAUCCAGAGCCGGAGGUGUUGUGGCUGGACGCUGAGGGAAACCUCCUCUCUGCUGGACCUACAGAGACAGUCAGAGGUCCUGAUGACCUCUAUACUGUCAGCAGCAGAGUGACUGUGGAGAAGAGACACAGCAACAGCUUCACCUGUAGAGUCCAACAGAAGAACACCAACCAGACCAGAGAGACACACAUCACUGUUCCAGAUGAUUUCUUCGUGGCUCCGUGUAGUUCUGUUGUUUGCAUCAGUUUGGUCGUUUCCUUCACGUGUGUUCUUGCUGUUGUCUUUGCUGUAUGGAGAUGGAGGCGAAACAAAAACAAAACCAUGAUGGAUGACCAAAGAGAACGACAGCAGCUCAUGGCAGAGAGUGAGAAGAGGAAAGAGAAAGAACAUGGAGAUAUGGUGGGUGCACUGAUGAAACAGGAGGAGGAAUUGAAGAAGCAGAGAGAUCGACUGAAAGGGCAACAGGAGAAGAUGGAGAGACUGGUGGGGGACAAUGAGAUGAAGCUUGAAAAGAGGGAACUUGACCAACUAGAGCUGGAUACAGAGAAACUGUUAGUGAUGACAAAGAGUGUAAUUGAUGAAGUAACAGACAGGAAGACUACAACACAGAACCACAUGGAGGAAGAAAACAAAUAA